AUGCACUUAGUUAUCUUUUUAUUAGAUUACGCAUAUGGUUCUGAUAUGCCUCUAGUGCAACUACCAUUGACAAUAUCUAUUCAUCGCGGUGAGGUUGAAGGUUUAUACGUGCCAAAUUUUGAUUUAAGCAAUGAUUAUUCCAAUAAUAAUAAUAAUAAUAAUAUUCUUCUACCAUUAAAUAUAAGCAAUAUCGAUUGGUAUUUGGUUUCGUCGAGCGAUUCAACUAUGGCUCUAUUAUCUCCUCCGGCACUGAACUUUUUUACUUCAAUUAAUACAACCUCGAUUAUAGCCCCUCCAUUACCAUCGCUUAUUCGUCCGAUGUCACUGGUUAAAGUAUUACCUGUUGCAUUCGUUCUUUCGAGUAUUGUUGUUUUAUGUAUAUGCGGAAAUGUACUUGUUAUCUUAUCUGUUUUUACAUUUCGACCAUUACGAACUGUACAAAAUUUUUUUAUUGUUUCACUUGCUUUUUCUGAUAUGUUUGUUGCCAUUCUCGUUAUGCCAUUUCAUAUUGUCACACAUAUACUAAAACGAUGGAUAUUCGGUAAAAUCAUGUGUCAAAUUUUUGUCACGUCUGAUGUUCUUCUAUGCACUUCAUCAAUAUUAAAUCUUUGUGCUAUUGCGCUCGAUCGUUAUUGGGCUAUAAGUGAUCCGAUACAUUAUGCUCGUCAACGUACAAUACGACGUGUAUUUCUGAUGAUUAUGCUUGUAUGGAUGUUAUCAGCAACUAUAUCAAUUCCACCAAUCAUAGCAGCCAUGCUUGGUUCACGAGAAUUACAGAAUUUUAAUGAAUUUCAACAAUGUGAAUUAUCAAAUAAUAAAGCUUAUGUUAUUUAUUCCGCUUGCGGUUCAUUUUAUAUACCAGCGUUAAUUAUGACGAUUGUUUAUGCACAUGUUUUCAUUGAAACAAAAAAACGUUUUCGUGAAAGAGCUAAAGCCGCGGCUAAACUAGCAAGAGCUACUCGAACAGAUAAUAAUCCAUUAACGCCAACUGAUAUAGCAAUGGAUAAUAAUAUUAAACACAAGCAUCAUCAUCAUCAUCAUCAUCAUCGGCAUCAUCACAAAAAGCAUGCGACAAAAUCAUCGCAAACUCAUUCAGCUGGUUCGUCAUUAAAAUCUUCACAAUCCAACGGUAGUGUAGUAGACAACAUCAGUUUGGAUGAUCCGGAAGAAAUUAUGCGAGCAAACCUAUCGCGAGCAUCAAGCAGUAACCAUCCAAUUGGAUGUCAACUAAAGGAUAUUAAUACGUCGCCCGAGUUAAUUUUAAUCAAUGCUGAUAACGAUAAUGUACUUCAGAAAGCUGCAGAUGCAUUAGCAAUUCCGUUAUUUGGACAAUAUCCAACUGAUGAAAAAAAUAUCGAAAAUGGCUUUCUCGUUCAACAACAACAUGCUGCUGUACAAACUACGGAUUUCUCGAAUAAAAAACGUGUUGCAUCAAAAGAAAUCGGCCGCCGAAGUCUUUUCAAAGGCAAAAGUCUAGCAACAUUGAUGAAUGAACGACAGAAAAUUUCUCUAACACGCGAACGCCGUCUAUCACGAACACUUGGAAUUAUUAUCAGUGUUUUUCUUCUAUGUUGGCUGCCAUUUUUUGUGGUUUAUAUUCUAUCCGCUUUUAUCGAUGUGUCAUUGUAUAUGAAGGAACCAUUACCUACACUUAUUCUCUGGCUUGGGUAUAUAAAUAGUGCUUGUAAUCCAUUGAUUUAUACGGUUUUUAAUGUUGAAUUUCGAACAGCAUUUAAACGUUUACUAUUUCCGCAAUCUACACAUAAUUCUUUCGCCCAACACUAUUCAGCUAAACGAAACAGAAAUUAA